AUUGUUCAUUUCACCGCGAAAUCAAUUUUCGCUUCACAAUGACAGCACACGAAACUCAAUGUUGUCAACGCGUAUAACAUCCACCCGUGUUGGUCUGAUUUUUUUAACAUCAAAAUCAAGAAUGUCUUACUCCCCAAGAGGAUACCUCGCUCGGCUCGUGGUGGAUAAAUCGAGAAUUGACAAAACUUUAGACAAUUGCGAUAUGAAAAAAUGGUACAUACUACCUAAGAUCCCCCAGAAAUAUGAGGACACCUUUGUGGACCUCAAACAGCCUGAUGAAAUCACUCUGAUGUGGUUGAAGGAAUCUAAAGAAACAUCGAGUAAAUUUUGGCUCCAGCUAUGGCAUUUAUUGGCAAAAACAUUGCUCAGUGUGUUCAUGACGCAAACAGAUAUAAAUGGGCUUCUGAAAAGAGGAUCAAUGUUCAUACUCUCUGAACUCCAAUACCAAAUACUUCUUUUGAAGAGUGGAUUUCACGAGUCGGGACUAGACCAAGCAUUGAAUAUACAUGUUCUAGACAUCGGUGCUGGCGAUGGCGAAGUCACCAUGCGGUUCGUCAAGGCAAUCACUAUGAUCUUUCCAAACAUACCAAUGAAAUUGUAUGCAACUGAUUCCAGUUGGACAAUGAGAUCAAGGCUGGUCGAAAAACAAAUAAACGUGUUAGAAGACAUCAAUCAGCUUAGCAACGUUAACUUUAUAUCUUGUCUGAAUGUACUUGAUCGAUGCAUAGAUCCCCAUAAAAUUUUACAAGAUAUUUACAACGCGUUGGCUCCCAAUGGAAGAUUAUUAGUAGCUCUGGUGCUGCCGUACAACCAUUACGUAGAAAAAAAUUCCAGCCACAUGCCCUUGAGACCGUUAAUGGAGCAUUGGCGCAGUUCGACGUGGCUACCCAUCGAAAAGGAAAUUGAAAAGUUUUUCGAGCAGUUGGAAUACGUCGGGUUCAAAAUAUUAUCUUGGACCAAAGCUCCGUACUUGUGUGAAGGCGAUUUCAAUCAAUCUUUCUAUUGGUUAGACGAUAUAGUAGUUGUGUGUUCCAAAUAAUGUGAUAUUUUUGUAUAGCGAUUAAAAGUACCGUACUAUACCAAA